GUCACCAGCAAACUAAUCCGCUCAAUACAAUUGUGAACACACAUUAGAAAUGGCACCGCUCAGUUCGUUUCUGAAGAUGGUGUUGCAAAAGACGCAAAAAAUUAACCGCCUACGCUCGCUGGGCAUUGUGACGGCGGGCGCCACAGCGCUGCUCGCUGGCCUAACAGCCUACAACAAUCAGGAUCAUCUCUUUGGCACUUUCGUGAUGCCGGCAAUACGCCUGCUGCCCGCCGAGGCUAGCCACAAUUUGGCUGUGCUGGCGUGCAAAUAUCGCCUGUAUCCGGCGUCCGAGCAGAUGGAUGAUCUAAAUUUACACAGCACGUUCUUUGGCCGGCUGAUCAGCAAUCCCAUUGGCAUUGCUGCCGGUUUCGAUAAGAAUGCCGAGGCUGUCAUCGGACUGAAGGAUUUGGGCUUUGGCUUCAUCGAGGUGGGCAGCGUGACUCCGCUACCACAGCCGGGCAAUCCCAAGCCGAGGGUGUUUCGGUUGAGCGAGGAUCGUGCGAUUAUCAAUCGGUAUGGCUUCAAUAGCGAUGGCCAUCAACUGGUGGCGGAACGUUUGCGUGAGUUUCGGCAACGCGAGGAUUUCAAUGCGGUGGUCGGCGUUAAUCUUGGCCGGAAUCGUGACAGUCUGACCCCCAUCAGUGAUUAUGUGCAGGGUGUCUUGGAAUUGGGACCAGUUGCCGACUAUCUCGUCGUCAAUGUGAGCAGUCCCAAUACGAAGGGUUUGCGCGACAUGCAGUGCAAAAAGGAGCUCACCACUCUCCUCGAGGCGGUGACCCGAGCUCGCACUGAGCUGAAAACGAAUCCGAAGGUACCCAUUCUACUGAAAAUAUCGCCUGAUCUGGCGCUGGAUGAUCUGAAGGACAUCGUUGCGGUGAUCAACACAAAGCAAUGCCGCGUCGAUGGUCUGAUUGUGUCCAAUACGACUGUGGCGCGUGAGAACAUCAGCGCCAGCAAACUGGCCAACGAAACUGGUGGGCUGAGCGGAGAACCGUUGCGUCAACGAUCCACAGAGCUGAUUGCACAGAUGUAUGCGCUGACCAAGGGCCGGGUGCCCAUCAUUGGUGUUGGUGGCGUGGCUUCGGGUCACGAUGCAUUCGAGAAGAUCGAGGCGGGCGCCUCCUUUGUGCAAAUCUACACGGCGCUCGUCUACGAGGGACCUGAUCUCGUCGAUCGCAUCAAGGAGGAUCUGUCGCAGCAGCUCAACGAACGGGGCUUCAAGAAUGUCCGCGACGCUGUCGGCUCCAAUCAUUUGCAAUAUCUACCCUAGUUUCUCUGAAAGGAACAAUCAAAUUGUUCGUUUUUUUUAAAUAGCUGUAAACUUCUUAUAUCUGAAUAAAACAAACUGUAUUUUAAA